UCCAUCUAUUCCCUGUCGCGCGUCAGUUUCGCCAGUCAACUCGCCCAGCUCAGUUCCAUCCAACUGCCCGAUGCCACCUCGUUGUCUGCACGUAUAUCAUGCAUGCCUACCUCGGCCAGCGCCGCCAACGCUCUGAAAGACUCCUCGGACCAGAUACGACGAUGGAUCCGAAACGCACACACCGUUCUAGAUGGCUUGGACGCUGAAGAUGAUGUUGAAUGGGCUGCUGCCGGUGGAAGGGAAGGUUUGGCUGACGUUGACCGUGCCAUUGGUCGUUUCGACAAGGUCGUCAAACUCUACAUACUCUCAGUUGAAGAGCUGCAUCUGAGACAGGAUAUUGCCACGUUAGCCAAGGAUCAGCUUCAGGCUAGUGCUGAUGACAUGGACAUUGUCAUCAAGGAAUGGCAAAAGAUCAAAGACUCAUUGGCUGGCGUCAAGGAACAGGUCGAGAUUGCCAUGGAAUGGGAAGAACUCUCCACCUCUGUCGGCACCGGAAUCGCUCUCGAGCUCGAUGAUCUAGCUGGCCUGGUAUUUGAGAUGGAGGAGCAGAGACAUCAGUCCGUCACCUCUAGCUCGGCCAACGCUGACCAGCACGUUGACAUUGAUGAGUUGAAACACAUUGUUGACGAAAAGGCCGGCACUAGCAAAGCCGCCCCCAAUCCUCGCCUGAGUCUGCCUGCUCCUUUUUCGCCCACAUCGGCAUUGCAGGCCUCUCCGACCGUAGUGAAUAUGGAAGACAACUUGCUCGCCCUGUUCGCUCGCAUGCAGCCUCUGAGAGCAUCCUUAGACUUCUUACCUAUGCGCCUAUCUGUCUUUCAUUGCAGAGGCAACACUGUGUUCCCCACAGCGUGUCUCAACUUGGAAGCUAGAAGAGAUGCCCUCGAGGCCCAGUGGAAGAAGCUCGAAGCCGAUGCUGAAGCCCUGCGUCGUGAGUUGGGCGAAGAUCGAUGGCUUCUGGUCUUCCGAAACGCUGGCAAACAGGCUCUGAAGAUGUGUCAGUCGGUUUCGAGAAGCGUAGAAAAGCUUGCGACAGCUCUUGAUCGCGAUGAGCAGCAUACAGACCCGGCUGCGCUAGCGAAGAAGAUUGAGAGCUACGAAGCAAAGAAGAAUCAUUACGGCACUGCCAUCGAAAGAGUGCUUGCCAUCAUUGAUCGUGGAGUGCUUGAUCGACUGACCGUCAAUGGUGAGAUUUUAGGCCUCCAGUCCGACAUGAAAAGAAAAUGGGCAGGCAUUCAGGCCGAGAUGCGAGAGCUGGACUCACGCUUGCUGGGAGUGAACCUUGACUUGAGGAAUCAGCAACUACGGGAUUCUGUCAGUACCAUUGUCUCGUCCGAACACUCAAUGACUAGCAGUUUCAUGGACACGCCUAGAAGCUCGUCAGCCUCAUCCAUCAGUCGACCUGAUAUGACACCCAGACGCUCUUCUCGCUUCACUCGCUUUGUCAGUGCUAUUCCACGCCGGACUCCGCAGUCGAAGCCUAAGGACUCGAGACCAUCUCUGAAUUACAAGACCUCGCGAAGCAACUUGGCUUCUGGUGGAGCCACACACACGCCAUACACACCUCCACCUGCAGUAGACCCUCUGGUCCGCCAGUUCAAGGCUCCUGAGAAUAAACCUCGAUGGAACAUCACAACUAACACGAGAAGCACGUCUCUCAACUCACUUCAUCCCCCGUCAUCUGAGCCUUCCACAAAUCGUAGAGUCACACUACCUCAGCGUCCUACGACUCCUCACUCUACAGGCUCUAAGAUUCCAACCCCGAGCUCGUUCAGUCGCAGUACAAAUUCGCCUGUAACCUAUUCCCCAGCUACACCUUCAAAACGA